AUGCCUGGGACUAUUCGUUCCAGACUCCCAAGGAAAUGUCGUCUCCGAACAGUAAAUACAGCCAGUUCCCCCUACUUUGACAACUCACCGCCCCGGACACCCACCAGUGAUACUGACUUCGAGCCGUCUCCCACUUUUUCGAAGAAAUCAUCAAAGGCCCGAGUCAGGUGGAAGAACGUUCGAAGGACGCCAACCUCGUCUGUGUCCAAGAAAGCAGCCGUUUCUAAGAGGGUUGGGGAAGUCAGUGAGGUGCCCGAUGAUGACUGGAAAAAGGUGCCUGUCAAGAAGGAGCGAAAGAAAAUCAGCAAAACUAAGCAGUCUGGACGUAUAAAACAAACUGCCCCGUCCAUGCUGGCUGAGACCAAACCGGAGCCAAGUCGAUCUGCCAGCUCCAGCGAGGAAGAAGGCGAUUGGGAGGAGGUGGUUGAAAAUAAUUCACCUCAUGCACCCCCGCAAGAGGUAGAAUUCAUGAGUCAGCUGCUCACCACAACCAAACCUCAACCAAAUUCUUCCAUCGAAGAUGACGAAGACGAAAAUAAAGUUAUUUCAGUGACGAUUGGAGUUGUUGGCAGGCAGGCCAAGUCUCUUGAUCCGAAGCUGGCGGCAGCCAUGCUCAAAGCGAAACGGCUUCGCGAAAAACGCUACGCAGCACACGUCUGUCAUCUGUUGUGCCUCCUGUCGCAUGCGCGGGUAGCUAACUUGGCCUGUGACGAUCCCCUCAUCCGUGGCUUGGGUCUUUCCUUGCUAACCAGCAUAGAUGAGGUUCGUGAUAGUGCCCGCUGCGUUCUGUCUACCAACAAGUGGGGUCUCAGUGACCUUAGGCUCUUUUUGCUCGCAUUUAUUUGCCACAUCACCGCAAAAGCCUCCCGCACCACUACCGAGUAUGCCAGCCUUACAGAGGCUAUAGAGAGUCGACUACAAGUGAAACAGUCAACACUAAACGAUGUGACUGUACUCCUGGUCGCAGUUCUGCGAACCAUCGGCCUGGAUACUCGGCUUGUCUGUGCGCUCCAACCACUCCCCCUGAAAUUGCCUUCUGCUCUGCGCAAGCGAACUAAAAAACCGGUCUUUCCAGCCUCUGCUGCAACUCACAAGAAAAUGAAACCGUUGGGGCAGUCCGCUGAAAACGACAAGAUUCUAUCCACCUCAUCCUGCGGGGGAAGCACAGAUAGUGACUGUGAAGGGCGUCUAGAGGAUGCGGCUCAGGAGGCCUCUCUGGUGUUUUUUGCGGAAGCUUUCCUGCCUUCCAGUGGCACUUGGGUUGGUGUGAAUCUUCAGCCACCGGUAGGCAGAGUUGAUGUGGACUUCUUUCAACUGCCAUUUCCAUACGUGGUGGGUUUCGCUUCUACCAGACCAAUUUUCGAGUCCUCAUCAUCGAUUACCUCACCCUACAGUGGCCGCUCCCCCAUCGAUCUGGCUUCUCGUUAUGAUCCUCAGUGGUUGUCCAGUUCACGAGGUUGUCGUAUUGCCGACCCCCUUUGGAAAGAAUUGUUGGAUCAAAUGAAGGAGUACUGUGACACAGACGCCGCACAAGCGGGAGAUCUACGCGUGAGAACAGUGACUAUGGAGCCGGAGGUUCGUGACGUUAUUGAUGCUGAGCGCAUCCAGAACUGUCUACACCAACUGCCCCUGCCUAGACGGGUGAGCGAUCUAAAGAAUCAUCCACUCUAUGUGCUGAAGCGUCAUCUUCUCAAGUUUGAAGUCAUCCACCCCACAGAUGCACCUGUCGUCGGUUUCUUGAAGGUGGGCAAGUCGGAUUCACUGGGGGAGCCAAUUUUCUCGCGAGAGUUCCUCCACAUAUGUCACACCCGGGAAGCCUGGUUGAAGGAGGCUAAGGUAGUGCGCAUCGGUGAGAAACCAGCCAAAAUUGUGAAGGCUCUCAUGUCGAUGAAACGGAAGCUCCUAUGCGACGCCGGUGGACCGCCGCCCAUGGUAGAGCUCUACGGACCCUGGCAAGUUGAGGACUACGUUCCCCCCGUUGCGGAGAAUGGCGUUGUGCCGCGCAACGAACAUGGAAACGUAGAACUCUUCAAGCCCUCCAUGCUGCCUAUUGGCUGCGUUCACAUCUGUCUCUCAGGUUAA